CCUCCUCUUACCACCAUGUCGAUGUCCUCACUGGAAACGUCAACAGAUGCCAGCGAUCGACUGAAGGUCGACCAACCCCACGGUAAACCUGUCUGUUGUCCAUCAGGUAAAGAUUGUACAAUCCCGAUCGAUAUAACUCUCCGAUCAAGCGAUGGUAUCCGCUUCGGCGCACAUAAAAAGAACCUCGAAUCUUUCAGUGAAGGAUUUCCACCGGUGGAAUGGACGGCCGAAAAGAAGGGCGAAAUCGUUGAACUUCCGGAGAAAGGCAUUACUCUCCGACUUCUACUCCGAUUCAUGCACAAUACAGCACUUGCCAAACUGUGGAAAGAGUGUAGCGACAUGGAUAUCGACGACCUCCUCGCCUUUAUGGAUGCUGCGGACAAGUACGGGGUUUUUAUCGCGUUGCAGGCGGGUGAGGAAGCACUUGUGUCUCGAGCAGAUAAAAUGAGUCACGAAGACCUUCUCAGGGUACUUCUGCGCGAAGCUUCCCGGUCCAGCUCCAAUAUUAUCGACGAAUUUGCUCGGCGUACCUUGUGUAUACCUACGAAGGUUGGGCUUCUGUUCCUCAAGAAUCAUCUGCAGAUAUAUAUGACUUGGUCACUAUACCGCACAGAAUGGGAAGCGUGGAAGAAAGAAUAUGAAAAAGAGAUGACAAGAAAUCACGCGUCCGAGUCGGGCCAGCACUGGCGCGGCAAUCAAAGCUGCACAGAAUGCGAAAAGUAUCGGCAACAACUUCACGCCUGUUUGCGAGAAUUAGAAGAAUUCCCAACCUUUGAUCACUUCACCCGAGUGGAAGUUGUCUUGCUCAAGUUCCAGUUGGUAAUUGACACCGUCUCCUGGCCGGCAGUAAAAAGAUGUUCUAUCUGUAAUAAUAGGUUGGAAAAUUGGAAGGGUGGUUUGCCGAAGUUGUUCGGAAGUCAGAAACGCUGGGUUGAUUGUAUCUUGAAAUAA